CAGCCCACUCCCGAAUCGGCCUCAUUGAAGUCUCUUGUUGUCGGGUUGGGGGGUGAUGGGGUGGACGAGAUUGGUGAAAUAAAGAAGGAAAAACAUUUCCAUCACUCCUGAGCCCCUCCCUGUCCAGUGAUUUUCGGAUCCGAGGCUUGACAAAGAUCAACUGUUCAAGAUGAAAGUAAUCGGCGCCGCAGUGCUCAGCGUCCUGUUCUGCACGGUCCUGCCAGCAUCUGCAAAAGUAAAAACAGAACACAGGACGGCCUUCUUUGGCGAGGACAUCCACAUUGAUGUCCCACGCGGGAAUGGCAGCGAGGUCAUCUUUAAAUCUGCGACCAGUGAGUCCGACGACAUGCCGCUGAUCAAAGCGGGGAACGUGGUGAAUCACAACAUCUCCUACUCCAACACUUUGGGCUACCUGGUGCUGGAGGAUGUGCAGGAGCAGAACGAGGGCACGUACAUCAUCAGGGACACCAACAAUCCGAACACUGAAAGGCACUUCAAACUCAUCGUCAAGGACUGCGCUUUGGAGCAAAUUGUCAAAUACGGAGAAACCUACUACAUCCAUCUUAGCAACAUUAAAGGACCCAUCACUCUGGAGUUCAGGCCCAGUCCGUCUCAACUUAAUCAGUCAGAGACGCAGUACACCACCGAGCCUCCACCUGUGGUGCUGUACGACCAGACGGGAGUGUUGGCAGAAGAAUACAUGAAACGCCUCAGCGUGUCGGAGAAGCGUGUGGUGCUGCACUCGGUCAGGAUGACAGAUGAAGGCAGCUUUACAGUAAAAGACAGCGAGGGCAAAGUCAAGAUUCGGACCUGCCUGAAUGUCAGAGAUCACCUGUACUUCAAGCACCUCGCCUAUGGAGACAACUUCAACAUGCAGCUCCACCUGCCCUACUCCAGCGUCAACGUCGUCUUCAAGCCCAAGUCAGACAAUCAGGGCCGAGCCAUCGUGGACGAGGGGGUUGUGGUGACGCCGAUGGACCCGCUGCUGGAGGGCAGGGUGAACGUGGAGGGUUCACAUCUCAUCAUGAAGAAGGUCCAAGUAUCUGACUCGGGUGUCUUCAAUGUGACGGAUCUGGCUGGGCAUCCUGUGGCUGCUGUCUACAUAGAUGUAGCCCCUUAUAAGUUGCCUCCCCUGACUCUGGCCAUCCUCUCGCUGCUGGGCCUGGUUGCCCUCAUGCUGCUGGCGUGCCUGCUGUCCUGCCUCUAUAAAGUACAUAAGAGGAACGAGAAGAACAAGAAGCUGAUGCUUAUUGCUCAGCAGGCUGGCAAGAGUGACGGCGAGGCUUUCAGACAGGUGGUUCGUGAGGCUUACAGCAGGUUCACCGAGGAAUCGCUGACACAGUCGAUGUGUGAUAAACCCAUGGAGAGCACAGAGGUCACCAUCAAGGGCCUCGAGGUGUCCAAACCAGGCCGCUACCACACUCUCAACUCUGAUAACUUUUUGGAGAUGAGUGACUCCGGAGUCGAGUUCACCAGCUCUGGCCUCCCACUGGACAGCGACACGGAUGCUGCGAUGACCUACGCUUCCCACAAGCCCCUGCUGAAUGCCGCCUCCCCUCCAGCCAUCUCUGAAGGAUCGCACUCCGAGGGCUUGGAGGCCACUGUGGUCCCCGAUGGCGACCUCAGCGCUAGCCAAACCCCUGACUCUGCCUUGAGCCCCAUCUCUAAUCCUCACUCGCUCGCAGCUGCGACGCCUGACGGAAGCCUCCGUGGCGCUGCAUCACCGGGAACCGCCUCCAGAGGCACUGCUGAAUCAGAUACAGCCAAGUCAGAGGGAGGGGCUGAGAGUGGAGAAGGUGAGCAGAAGGAGGAAACGGCCCAGAGCACCUGAGAGGGAGUACCAGGGUGUAUUUUUUUUAAGCUCACCUCUCCUAACACAUCCACAGUCGUCUGGCAGGAACUUCUCAUAUCUCAACACCAUCAAGUCCUUCAUCACUGCAUAAGAAGCAACAUCACAGACAAAUGUUAAAGCUUGGAUCCGGAUGUUUAGCCUAGCCUAGAAGAAAAUAACUAAAGCAGCAGUUGCUCAGAAUGCACAAUGCAAAAUUUAAAGCAAUAUGCUCUGAAAAAUGAAAGGUAAAAAUAGAAACCCCCGAGCUGUAUCAAAAGCAGCUCCGUGCAUCUGGAAAAUGCAUGCAUUUAAAUGAAACAUUAGAGUAGCUAUCAUAGUUCAGAUCUACAGGACAUUGCUGACAUUAGAGUAGACUGCAUGCCAGCUAAAGAAGCAUAGGCUUACAAAAGAAGCUGUGAUGACACGAAAAGGGUAAAACACAUUCAUCAGUUUUAGGGAAACGCCUGAAGGGGAUCAAAUGAUUUUGAUUCCUGUGAAUAGUGGUCAAAAAAUGUGACAGCAGUGUGACAGUUUGACAGGUAGAGCCAGCGCGCAUCAAGGAAUCAGACAUUAUUUUCUAGGACCAAGGCUACUAACGACAAUAACAGCAGAGAGCGUCUCCCUUUCCAAUGGCGAAUGACAGCACUUUUGUCUGCUCUCACUGCAUCAGACAAACACAGUGAUGAUUGCAUUUCAGCCCACCCACACGCAGCCUCUCUAUUAUUAACAGUACAAGCAUGUCGGAAAGUGCCUCCACAUCUCCGACAAAAGUGCUUGUUUCAGCAGUCAUUUACCCGGAGAAAAAUCUACUCGAGGUAUUAUUUCUCAAAAACCUGCAAAGUGAAACAAGCUAGAUUAGAUUGAGUACCCUACUACUGGAUGGCUGUUUCCCCUUUUCUUAUAUCCAAUGUGUCAAAUCUGCCAAAUUUCAACGCAUCAUCUAGAGAAAACCGCCUAAACGUCCACUUCAUCUCACUUGCACUAAUGAUAAAAGCCAAAAAAAGAAGAAAAAAAACCACCCAAAAGAGCAACAACUAACUGCAGAAACUGUCCUCAUCUGUUUUACCCACCCAAGGGAGUUGUCACAAGCCCUGUCAGAGGAAAAUAAAAUCCAGAGACUAGCGCGCAACACGUCUGGGGCUUUUGGAACGGCUCCUGAGAACGUAAUUGGAUUCUCGGUCUCUUUGCAGACGGACCAAUUCACGGACACCGUCGAGUGAGGAGCGGUGAUAAAAGAGACGACAGAGAUGGAACAGUGUUCUAUUCGGCGAACAGAUAAAUGACUUGCAUGAUUUAAAGCCCCCUAUUUUCAUCUCAGCCCCAAUCCAUCUCACGGUGCUCCAAUUAUUGUAGCCCGGUUGUUUGCCAAAAUGAAGUGAGUGGAAAGGCACAGUUUGGAUCAGUCUGCGAUAACGAUGCAGCCCACAGCCUCAACAGAAGGAGACUGAAUAAGUCGUGAGAAGUGUAAAUGUGUGUGUGUGUGUGUGUGUGUGUGUGUGUGUGGAGGGGUGGUUCGUGUAAACCGAAACAACAUUAUUAGACACUCAGUGCUUCGUAUGGAGGCAUGAGUCAAUUCAACCCAUUAAAAACAGGAAAUUAAAAAGAGGAGAAGAUACAAAUCACAAAUUAAGGGUUAAACCAAUAACUUGUUGCUUGUGCUUUAUGAAUCCCAACUUAUCACAUAAUUUACUAUAUAAUAGUCCAGUGUUGUUGACUUAGCUGUUACAAUGUUACAAAGGCAUCGCUCAAAAUCUGUUCAAUCACUGAAGUAAGAGCGAUGUUUAAGUUUAAGUGCUGCACGACCACCUUUCAUCUACUCAAGGGCAAUCCUGACAUCGUGCUGCAGAUUUGAGCUUUAAAAGCGUGAUUUUAAAAAGAGGCCGCAGAAUGGGCUGGGGAUGUAGUCAAAUCUCUUUUAAAUUACAUCCUUGAAUAAAAUCUGCUUUUUCUUCUGCUUUUGAAGGGGCUUCUUUUUACACAGGGAGGUUUGGUAAAUUAGCGGUCACUUAAGAGCAAUGAAAACAUUUUGUGGGAGAACACACACAGACGCUACAGAUGAGAAAUGGAAUAAGUGAUGGCAGAUAAAACAUUUUUUAAAAGAAGCAUGAACAGAGUCAAUUAGAUUAAGCUCUCUCCAUCCUAACAACUGCUCCUGACUAAUUGGUUCCCCUUCCUCGCUGUGAAAGGGGCCCGUGGGCUAAUCCAGGUCACGGGAAGCUGAUUUACACCACAGUACGAGAGCGAGGCAUCUCACGGCGCUGACGAAACGGCGUCCAGGCAUGUCCUGUCCUCCGCGGGGCCCGACAGUCUGUGAUACCACCAAGGUUGUGUCACGGCAACAUCGGCCACGUGCUACACCCUCUGAAUUACACCCGAACCACACUUAUCUUCAUCACCGAGUCCACAUUUCGAUAUCACUAUUAUGUUUGCCAUUGACAGCUGUUAGCAGUACGGCUACCUCAUGCUGUAACCGAAUCAAUGUCAACUGGAAAAGUCUGAGAGAUUUACGAUCCAAACCUUCCAGGGUGACUAAUAGCAGUCAGACAGGUGCAGAUAAUCAAUGCCUGGCAAAGAAAAGCACAAAAUUUAACAAGUAAUCCCUUUUUAAAUGUAAAAAAGGGUUCGCACUGUACUUAAAAAGGGUAAAAGAUAAGAAGCAGCUAUUGUAAAUACAGUAAAGCUAUUUGCAAACACAGACUUUUUAUUAGCUCGUUCCCUUCUUAUUCAGGAAAACUUAGUUUGAGUUGCGUAUUUCAGCGUCAUGUGUUUACAAUGACUUGCGUGCCCUACAUUAAUGUGACUGAAUGAUUUUAUAUGGCUGUUUUCUAUGGAUGUGCUUUUGCUCAUGCAGGGACUUCAUCUGAUAUAUGUGUAAACUGAGGGGCUUCCAAAACUCUUGUUAGGUGAGCAAAUUGAUGGUCAGUGGAGUUUGAAUUAAUUCUAAAGCAAUAUUACUAUUAUAGCACUUACACAUUACUGUCACCCACAGGAAAGAGGAAUCAGGCGUAGCACAUCCUAACAUGAUCAUGCUCACUUAGUUAUCCUUUUUUCACUGUUGUAAAUAUACAGAUAUGUGAUCUGCAUGUGUAUAGUGUGAAAAUACUAACAUAUUUCUUACUGCAAGGCUUAUGCAAGAUUUUAUACUAUUAAAACGCUGCAUUUAUCCUUUAACCACACAUCGACAGUAAGCAGAAAACUAUGCCUUUAGCUGGGAAGACUCGUAGCUCGUGCCAUGUUUGUGUGUCUGGGCCUCGGUCGUGGUCUGUGAAGUCCUUUCAUCAAAGCUGAUGUCAGCGGAGACUCGGCUGCCUCUGGGGUGCAAAGCAUCACGAGCGUUGUUGAUUUAACCUCGUACUGCCUCCGAGACCGGGGCAGGAAUGUCGGAUUCACAUAAAGUUCCAGAAAUCCAAACAAAUGCAGGCCAGCAGGAUAUAGUUACAGGAUAAUAAAUUGAUGAUAUGUAAAGAAGCACAUCUGUUUUACAUGAAUUCGUGCACGCUUCUUUGGUUUCUUGCCCAAAUCUAUAACUUCAGGAAAGUCCCAGGUGAUUCUGGUCGUGUCUGAAAUCAUUCACUCAUUCGUUAUUGGUUGAUGUCUAUAAAGGAAGUUCUGUGUAGACAGCUGUCUGUGAUCAAACUUUUAAAUAUCAGUCAGGUGAUUCUCUGCUGCUGUCACACAGUUAAAACAUAACAGCAUCAAUCUAAUAAACUGGCAGUAUUUUGGGUAUUAAUGCAGAUUUUCUCAGUGUCAUAAACUGAAAUAAUUUGUCAUUUAACUUCAGCACAGUGCGAUUGUAUCUUUUGUAGUAGUUGUAUUUACACUAUUUAGUAGAACAUUGUGGUACAUUUUAAGUGCACGAUGGGGAAAAAGGAUACCAGACACUUAGACCUAGCAUAUAUAUUCACUAUAUAUACACACAAUUCACUAUAUUCAUAUAUAUGGAGAGAGAGAGGGAGAAAUAAAAUUGUGAAUGAUUUCUGACUCAUCGUUUGCUUGCUUGUUUUAUAACUUGUGAACUAGCAGCACACUUGGGAUUUUUUUUCUGAGUUACAGAGUGUCUGAAGGUUUGUGAUAAGGUAACAUGAAAAAAAAUACCUCUAAACUAGAUAAGCAAUCAGGGUGCAUCCUGUACCAAGGCCAGCGACUCAUUUAUCAACUUUAAAGCAUCAGAAAUGCGUUCCUCUUGUGAUCAUGCUGCACCUGACCACCAAGAUUCAGAGAAUUCAGCCUGUUAGUUUUUGUACAGGCUAAUCUUCCUCAGAGACAGCGUAAGCCAUUUAUCUGGCAUCUGCAAAGCUAGCAGCUAGAUGGAAACGAUGCAUCUUAACUAGGAUGCUGUUCUUGUCCUGCUGCCAGACGUGCUGCAGUUUUACUGUGGCACAAGAAACGAAAUUAGCAUAUUAUUCAAAAUGUUGCUGUAUGCUAAGUCGAAUUUUAAAAAAACAAACUUCCAUUUAACCACAGCGGGGUACAUCUGCUGCACGGGCUGCCAAGAUAUUCAGCAGAUAUACGGAGUCCUUUGUGGAGCCCCAGGUAUUGCUCAAGACAAAUAUCUGCCUGCUAUCCUUACUGUUCAGUCUGAGCUGUUAUGAAAGCAUCACAUCAGAAUAUCUGACAUGCAUUCAUCAGGAAGAUUUAACAUUUACGUGCAGAUAUUUCAGAUCCUGGUCGACAUUUUAUUUUGUGUACUUCAAUUUUGAGAGCAGCAGACUUUCUCAAAUGCAUUUUACUUUAUAAAGAUGAAAGGUUUCAGAUCGAACGUGCAUCAUAAAGCCUCUUUUGGAGGGCACUUUGCGCUUGGCAGGGUGAAAGGACACCGCCCUCCUUUGGAUCGCAGCCUGUGCCUGCUGGAAUAAUAAAACUUUAGGUUCAGGCAAUCACGGCUGACAUAGGCUUUAUGAAAGGAUUUCACUUGCUGUCAUUCAUCCUCAGUCUGAUGUUUUCUCUUUCAUUACACAUCUGAGCCGCUAUUCACAAAGCCUCUCAGAACAGAAGUGUUGAUCCGUGUGUGGGUAGGGGGAGAUUUAAUAAAAUGUUCUUUCAGUUCUGGUAGAUUCGCUCUUCUGUUAAUCUACUAUUCUCUGUAAAUCCAAAGAAUAUAAUAAAAAAAACACGAAAUGAUGUCUGCAGUGUGGCAGUGCGCUAAUACCUCUGAUCAUAACAGAAAUACACUCUCGCACGAAAUACCCACACUACUGUUCACUGCAGCUUCUGACUCUCACAUCAAUUAAAUUUAAUUCACUCCAGUUCAAAUCAGUGGCUUUUGUGAUUGAAUUUAGUCUCAUCUCUGAUUCAUGACGGAUAAUUGGAGAAACUAAUUGGAAAGCACUUAUCACUCCAUCACUCUGAGUGCAAUAUUUUACCACGCUAAUAUUGCCGGUAAUCUUUUGGACAAACUGAUCCGGGUUCAGCAGCACUUCGGCUCUGAGCAGCAUUGUGAAUUAUUCAGAAAUGCAGUGUACCAUUUUCUGCUUGAAAUCUGUUUUGUAGUCAAACUUCUGACCUAUCGCGAGCCUCCCAGCACCUGCGGAUGUUUUUCAUGUAAGAAAAGGUAAAAAAAUGUACGUAUGAAAAAAUAAUCACAUAAUCAUUGUCUUUACUUUGAAAUAAAUGUACUUGAUCUCAGAGGAGAGAAGUGGAUAUGCUUAAAAACUCACCUCCUUUGAAUGAAUGACUUUCAUUGUCUGGACUUUUUAUAGCAUCACAUUGAGCACAAAAUUAUUCUUGCUGUGCUUAGUAUUUCUCCUUACUCUGAUAUUAUAGCCUAUAUAUGCUGUCCAAGUAUACCUAAGAGUUAGUGUAACUGCAGCAUGCCGACCAGUAGAUUGCUUGUGGGACAGCAGACGUGACCUAAUAUUGAUAAUAAUAAUGUGAACUGCACUUUUCUGUACAGGCGGCCACCAGAGUUCACUGUGAACUCGUGGCUGUUUCCCAUGAUCCUCCUUAACCUUAAAAAAACAAAAUCACCUUUCACUGCAGGGAUUCAGCAGCGAGUGUGACUUGAGGAUGAAUAUUAGUGCUUUUUCACAUGUGCUUUUCUGCCAUUUGUUCAUCAUAAAAAUUGAUUUUCCUUCAGAAGUGGAUGUUUGUUGCAUUUAUUAACACCCAGUAUGAAAUAAAUGAUAAACAUGUGAAAUAUUAAAGAAUUUUGCCUUUA